AUGUCUGCCCACUCGCCCCAGUACAUCCACGGCUUCUCCCCCAUCGCCUCUUCCUACCCAUCGCCCACCUCCCCCCACUCCUACACCUGCUGGCCUAUCGAACCCGGCACCCUCUCCUUCCCCAAAGUGCCCAUACCCACGUCGACGACCGUGUCAACAGAUUCCGAGGCGGGCGCGUUUUCUUCAGACUGGCACAGCCCUUGCCCUGGCGAGAAUGCAGCGGCCAGGAGCGAUGCACAGAGCCCAAGCCUGAUCAGUACGCUCUUCUCGACGGGGAGGUCCAGGCAAACGUCUUCGACGGCAUCGACAUCCGGCUGGCCUACGCCCAUUACGCCUUCUACUACCGGCGGCGUUUUCAGCGCCUCGGAAAAACCCACAAAACCCAUCUUGCGACGAGAUACCUUCUCCACGAGCGGCGAGGAGGGCGGGCGAGACUUUUUCCAGGGGUUUGAUCUGAGUGUGCCGCCGAAAGUGUUGGAAGAAGGGCACGAGGGCGCGGGGAGGGUGGUGAAAAAGAGACCGUCGGUGCUCAAAUUCGCCGUCAAGCCGUAUCUCCCUCCAUCGCCGACUUCGAAAAGCCCCUAUGCCCCAUCAUCAUCGCGCUCUAGAUCACGCUCGACAUCGACCUCUUUUUCGGGUCUUUCUUCCGGCGGCCAGGCGUAUGGCGGACGGUCCCCUGCGCCUCCUCGCGUUUUGGGCUCCGCCUUUGACGACGAGUACGAUGAAGACGACGAUCAGGACGAAGACGAGGAGGAGGAUGAAGAUGAGGAAGAGGAAGAGUUUGUCGAGUCGCCGAUAGCCAUCCCGGGGCAUGAAUCCGACUCUGACGAGGGGUACGUCGAAGACGAAGAAGACGGCUUCACCUCAGACGAAGAAGAUCCCAGCACGAAUACCUUUACCCUCUUUCCCAAGUUUACCAAUCGCUUCACGCCUUUUGCCCAGCCUGCAGCAUCCAGCUCGGGCCACGCGCAUACUUCAUCGCAAGCUACUUUUCAAGGCAGCUCUACCCCACGCCGCCGGGGGCGCACUUUGCACCCUUGUCCACCGAGUACGGACGACUGCGACAAUGCCGACGUUUCUGUCCCGUUUUCGGGGAGAAAAAAGCGUUCGAUAUCGAUCGUCACCGACAAACCAUCCACCGCGCGGUGUACGAGACAUCGAUCACCUCCCCCUCCUUCGUCCACCACAGCCGCAACAAGAGAAGGCGGCGGCCUGCCAAAAGCGCCGCCUGCUGCUAGAUCACCCUCUGCCGCCGAACUCUGUAGGCGAAGAGGCAGCAAUGCCGCGCCCAUGUCCGCUGCCCCCUACCCCGGUGGCUCGCCCUCGAAAAUACGACUGCCCCAACCGCAGAUCCAGACGAAAGGCUGGAAAUCCGACGACUCGGCGUUUUAUCCUUCUCGAAAAGAACCGCAAUCGGCGAGUGUCAUCGAGACGAGGAGGGAGCAGUUUCCUUCGCCUCCUCCGUCUUCUUUUGCUUUGCCUUUUGCGUCUGCGGCGGCGUCGAGAAGAGGUUCGGGGUCUGUUUCGGGUACGGGAAUGGGCGUGGGGUCGAGUACGUCCACGGGUUUGGGUAUAGUCAACAACAAACGACCUUCAUUACCUCCUUCCACCACCGCCCCCGCCGUCCCACGCCUCUCCACCACCACCACCAUCUCCACAUCCACAGCACCCCCGCGCAAAGCGAGCUUGCCGUUACCGAGCGGUGGUAUCCUCCGCAGCGCAUCCGACUUUGCCCAACCCUCACCCCUCGCUACAGCGACAGGGACAGGGACGACGUCCAUCCUCUCCCCCUCGUCGGCGGCUUCCACCGUCCACCCGCAUUCGGGGCAUGGGAGGGAGAGAGCCAUCACGAUCAGUACCGGAUCUGGACCCAAAGACGGGUCGGACGGGGCGGAUCGGGUAAGGAUGUCAAGAGGAGAAGGCGUGUCGAGGAGUUUUGAUGGGGGGUUCAUGGGUGAGAUGGAUGUUGCGCUUGCACUUCAAGAACCGGCGCAUUCGGCGCAUUCAACACCUUUGGACAGGGGGAUAGGACAAGAGAGGGCGUUGGGCGAGUUGGAUGAGAGGAUGGAGGUUGUGCAAUUCUGA